CAGGGGCAGACUGACCAUCUGGAAACUCGGGCACUGCCCGAGGGCCUGGGGUCAGUAGGGGGCUCCAUGAGAUGCCCCUGGUACAUUUUUCAUAGGCUUUUUUGAGUUUGGGCAAGGACACAGGGGCCCCAUGAUCCCCUAUUGCCCGGGGGCCCCAUGAGUUGUCAGUCUGCCCCUGGAAUCUGCCCCUGGUCAACGCCAUGCUGAGUAACAGCCCGCAAUAGGGAGCGUUGCGUCAGCCUAUUGGAUGUCU